CUCGGAUGUUAAGCGAAUAUAACCUAUGAAACGAAGAGAGAAGAACGAGAUCGCGCGAGGAAGUUUAAGUCUGCUUUAAAUCGAAAGUAUGGGUGAACGCUACAACAUCCAUAGCCAGUUGGAGCAUCUACAAUCCAAGUACAUUGGGACUGGGCAUGCAGACACAACCAAGUUCGAAUGGUUGGUGAAUCAGCACAGAGAUUCCUGUAGUUCAUAUAUGGGCCACUACGAUUUGCUAAAUUUCUUUGCGAUUGCCGAGAACGAAGCCAAGGCACGAGUUAGAUUCAAUCUUAUGGAGAAGAUGCUGCAACCCUGUGGACCACCGCCUGAGAAGCCGGAAGAUUAAAUCGCGCGUUCUUACUUGAACAUUUUUCUUGUGUAAUAAAAACUUUUAAUUUCCGAAAAUAGAAAUAAUAUA